CAUUGACAUACUGUAGUGUUGCUGUAUACUGGUGUCUCCAGCACCAGUGAAAUCAUUUAAAUUAUAAUGUGAUGAAGUUGUUUUGUGACAUUGGAGAGGAGUCAGCUUUUGUUGUGAUCUUGCCUAUUCUAAAAAAUACCUCCUCAAACAUCACCAAACAGGAUUAACCUCAUAAAAAGGGAGCCCCCUGGUCCACCUAGACUUCACAGACAUGGAGAGGACAAUGCACCUGGCACUUAUACUCACCCUCUGCUGCUGCAGCAGCCACGUCUUCUCUUCCCCAGUGACAACCUUCAAAACCCCCUGCACAGCUCCCUGUCAGUGGACACAAUGGUUUAAUGUUGACCAUCCCACAGACCAGCCAGAUGGGGGAGACUGGGAAACGCUGGAUAAUAUCAGAGCCCAUGGUUAUAAUGUGUGCAAAACACCUAAGGAAAUCGAUUGCCGUUCUGUCCAGUAUCCCUAUAUCCCCUUUGCACAACUUAUGAACAAGGUUCAGUGUGACGUACACACCGGGCUGGUCUGUACCAAUAAGGACAAUGUGGUCAAUUGUGUGGACUUUCAGAUCAAGCUGCUGUGUUGUCACUGUGACCAGGAACCAGAUGCACCUGGAUCUGUUACUACAUUAACCUCAACUGUGCCCACAGCGAAUCACUGCAAAAACCCACACUGCACCUGGACACAAUGGUUUAACACGCACCAGCCAACCACUGGCCCUGGCGGCGGAGACUUCGAGAACAUUCACAUGAUCAUGGAGAGCGGUUAUUCUGUAUGUGAUGUACCUAGCGCAAUUCAGUGUAGAUUAUCCAGGUUUCCCUAUAUACCACUGGAGGAGCUGUACUACAUGCAGGUGUGUAGCGUGUCCAUUGGUCUCAACUGCCUUAACAAAAAUAAUCCAGCCCCCUGUUUGGACUAUGAAGUCCAAUAUUUGUGCUGUAAUUGUGAUGUCCACAACAUGACCUCCACAAUGGUUCCUACUGCUGGUCUUAUGCAAACAACUACCAAGGCUAACGUUGAAGAAACUACUCAAGAGAAAGAACAUAAUGCAUAUUCACCAGCUGAAAUGACAGAUACCCCUAGCAUUCUGACUCUAGAACCUGGUUCAGGUUCAGGCUCAGGUUCAGGUAUGGGUAACAAUUGAGAAAACCCAUGACAUACAAGGAUCUCAUCCACUUACAUAACAGGCAUCAUAUCAUUCACUAUCAUGUUAUUAAUAAAAAAACAUUACUUUAAAUACUGUAUAUUAAAGUUGCUUUGUUCAAUGUUAUUCUGAAACUUAAAGAAAUCGCAUGACAUACACAAACCCUUAGUAUUCGGUGAUUUCUACUUAUAUAUAGGUACAGUUACAUUUCUACUUGUAAGACCUCUUCCUGCUAUAGUCUUGUAUAUUUAGAAAGUCGAGUGAAAAAGCGUCCAUGACUAACUAGGAAUUAUGUAUGCAAAGGAAAUGACUUUUCAGAUAUAGGCCUAUGUCACGGUUAUCCGUCACAGGCGGACAGGACCCUCCUCAUUGAAUCAAAUCUUCAAGCGAGAUAAAGUACUAACCAAUCAGCUUCUGUCAUAGUACAGGCUGUGCUUGAAAAAUGAUAGUUGGGAGCUGAUUGGUCAGUACUUUGUUUCUCUCCAAUGUUUGAUACAUUGACCCCUUGGUCCUCCUUCCUAGUUAUUCCCUGACACUAGUGUACCUUUUCCCCUGUCUUCCAUCCUUUACCAGGGACUCUGAUCCUGUGUGUCUGCCCACUCAGUGAGUACAGAUUUUCAUCCUACUCCCCUUUCCACAAAUUCUCAUUACUUGUUUUUACUAGCAAUUGUGAGUCCAUCUACCUUUCCCCUCACUUCCUCCUUCUAUCCUGCAUUUGGUUGUAUAGCCAUGUUAUACUAUGUACUGAAGUAAAAUUAUAUUGUUAAUCCCUGUACAGCUCUGCAGACACAUUACUG